AGGGUCCCGCCGCAGCUCCCGUCCCCUCGCCAUGAAGGUCGCCGCUGCCGCCCCCUCGCCGCUGCCCGCGGGUCCCGGCGGCUCGCUGAAAGCGGUGAGGCCCGGGGAGGCCGCUCGUUGCGGGCCGGGCCCGGGAGCGUCGCCGGGAGCGGCGGAGCAGGCUGCGGCCGCGCUGCUGUACGACAUGAAGGGCUGCUACUCGCGGCUGCGGGCGCUGGUACCGACGCUGCCGCGGCACCGGCGGGUCUCCAAGGUGGAGCUGCUGCAGCACGUCAUCGACUACAUCUGGGACCUGCAGCUGGCUCUGCAGCGCGGACCCCCGCGCCCCGCCGCUGUCGGGGACUCCGCCGAGGCUCCGUGCAUGGCCACUGCCGACCGCAUCCUGUGCCGCUGAGACCGUUCCGGACCCGCCACGGACAUCCCCGCGACCCCGGCCCGCAUCCCCGGUCCGUACCCUCCGUGUAGCCCGGGCAGGGGGUGCUGCGGCGGCGGGACAUAUCCUUCUCAGAUUGCUGAGAGCAUUCCCCGUAUUGUAUAUUACAAUGAUGCUGGAGAAUAUUGUUCUACAAUAGCUGGAGUUUUGUUAUUAAACAAGCCCUGAUGACCA